CUCCAUCUGACCGGGAUUAAGCGUCAAACGGAGCUCUCCUCUCACACUCCGGAGCGCAUCAUCAACUUCUGAAAGGCGAGGAAAACAUCAGGGCUGAUUUUCGUCUCCGGCCGCAGAGGCAACCAGGACGCGCACCGGUCGACCCGAUGGAGAAAUCCAAAAACUUUCGCAUCGACGCGCUUCUGGCAGUCGAUACACCCAAGGUGCAGACCUCACCGCUGGCACUUGUGACUUCCCUGUCCUCCUCCUCCGCCUCCUCCUCCUCCAUCCCGUCGUCUGGAAGCGGAGCGGCCCCGGAGCUCACCGCGGCGGCCGAGUCUUUACGCGCCGAGACGCCGCCGUCUCCGCCGAGGGUUUCCACCUGCGGGCUGAUCCCUAAACCGGGCUUCCUGAACAGCGCGCACGGCAUGGUCGGACUGCAUCCGCAGAGUAGCGCCGGGAUCCCGGCGCAGGCUCUCUACGGCCAUCCCAUGUACACCUACUCCGCCGCCGCGCUCACGGGCCAACACCCGGCACUGUCCUACUCCUACCCGCACGGCUCGCAUCACCACCACACCAGCGAUCCCAUUAAACUGACGGCCAGCACCUUCCAGCUGGAUCACUGGCUGCGAGUGUCCACGGCUGGGAUGAUGCUCCCAAAAAUGUCCGAUUUUAAUGCUCAGACGCAGUCAAACCUGCUCGGGAAGUGCAGAAGACCCAGGACUGCAUUCACCAGUCAGCAGCUGCUGGAGCUGGAGCAUCAGUUCAAACUGAACAAGUAUCUGUCGCGACCGAAGCGCUUCGAGGUGGCCACGUCGCUCAUGCUCACAGAAACUCAGGUAAAAAUCUGGUUCCAGAACAGACGCAUGAAAUGGAAGAGGAGCAAGAAGGCCAAGGAGCAGGCCGCCCAGGAGGCAGAGAAGCAGAAAGGCUCCAGCAAGAGCGGCCAGGAGAAACCAGACGGACUCGAACAGUCGGAUUAUCACAGCAAGACGGACUCAAAAAACGGCAGAAUAAGAGACUUCAGGGACAGCGACGACGACGAGGGCGAAAGCUUCUUGUACAACUCGUCGGACUGCUCUUCGGACGAGGAGCGGAAUCACAACAGCGACGCCAGUCCGCAGCCCUAACUGAGCGCAUCUCCAACCCUACUGACUCUGGGACGCUAUACUGUAAAAGGAGGGGGGAGGGGGGGAACUAAAUGCGAAUGCAUGUAAUCCGUCAACAUUCUUAUAAAAAACGCAAAAUUGUAACUCUGAUGUUAAAAAAAGACGCAAUAAAUCAGAGGACCCGCAUUUUAUUUAGACUAUGCCAAUUACGCGUGCGCGCACAAACUGCAUGAAGCCGGGGGAAAAAAGCGGAUUCUGAUGUUAUGUUUGGUUUGUCAGCAACGAAAAAAAAAAAAAAAAAAAAA